AUGGCGCUAGCGCCUGCGUCCAGCCCGGCAUCCCCACGUGCGGAGGAAGCUGCAGUGAUAGAGGUAAAGGACGAGGAAGCAGAAGACCGAGAAGAGCUGCCAACGAUCAAGACCCCUGCAAUGGCAUCGAUCCUGGGCGAGUGCCUGACUGAGGUCCUGCAGGACAUGGGGGCCAGCGUGUCUUCAGAAGAGGAGGAACUUCUACUUCAGAACUUCCACAAGGCCUGGUUCAAGGAGAUGUCCAAGCUUCCACGCAUGUGGGAAGUUGAUGUGCGGGGAAGUCUUGAGUCGUUCAGCUUCGCCGGCCGGAACCAGUUCCUGGAAAUCGGGGAUGCGGAGGUGCGUGCCCCUGACUUCAGCGUCACAGGAGUUCCGGUGCGAAUUCAGUGCAAGUUGAGAAAAGAUGCCACCGGCUCUGCCAGCCGGAAGCGCCGUGUCAUUGAAAGUGAUGAUGACGAAUAG